ACUCGUUCCUGACUCACCCUGUUCGUUACCCUUAGGUUUUAUAUAUAUAUGUCUGCAGCUCCUUCACUGCCAUACUUGGGGUUUUAGCCCUUUCCGCUCAACCUCUCUGGCUGUCGGAGCUCAGCUCGGCUCUCUGCUACCGCCAGAUCUCUAAUCAGUGUAUGGAGCAGAAUUGGUGCAAUCAAGAGCGGAGCUAGAUCUUUUUUGGUUGUUGCGAUCAUAUUGGCAUGCAUAGUUCGAAGAAAACUGGGCAAGGUGGGGAUGGAGAGGCGGAGGCAAGGCCGGUGCGCACCAGCGAUAGGCUUCGGAGACGGCCAAAGAUUUAUGGACGGGCGUACUUGUAUUAUAACACCAACAUCAUUCGCACCAGGAAAGGAAAGGGCAAGAACAAGACCAGGACCGCCGCUUCUCAGAUUGCCAAGAUGUUGUGCGUGCGAGCACCCAACAGUGAUUCAGUCGCAACCAAUCUUCGGCGUUCUACAAGAAAGAGAAGGGUUUCUGUAAAUUUGGAAGAUUACACAGAUAGUUCUGGAACAGAGGAUGAGGAUUUGAUGAGACCUGCAUAUCGACCUUUGAGGAAUCAGGUUGGCAACAGUGUGAGUCAUGAUGAGUUAUCAUCUCCCAAGCGUAGGAAAAUUGUGAAGAAUAAAACAACACCUAGACGGGAAGGACUUCGACCACGUCGUUCAAAAGUAGUUGCAAGAGAACAAUUGGGUUUAGAGUCUGAUGAUGAGCAAGGUACUUCAGUGGAGAAGGCUGGUCGAGAUGACAUGGUAAAUGGAAAUGAUGAUGACUAUAAUGAUGCAGAUGAUGGGCAAAAUGAUGGUGAGGCAGAAGAUGAGGGUGAGGGUGAGGGUGAAGAUGACGGAGAGGAAGAUGGUGAUGAUGAAGAGGGUGAAGAACAGGAGGGAAGAAGGCGAUAUGAUCUUCGAAAUCGUGCAGAUGUUCGAAGGCUGUCUAUGGAAGAAGGUAAGCCAAGACCGAGAUCUCCUCGAAGGGUAUUACACCAAGGAAUGGGGCCUAAGGUUGGUAGGGAUGUAAGGAAGGGGGGGUCAAGAGUACAUAAGCGUCAUCGUUUAACGAGAGCUGAAGAUUCUGAUGAUUCUCUUCUUGUGGAUGAGUUAGAUCAAGGCCCUGCAAUUCCCUUGGGGCGAGGUGGAGGCAGAUCUGGACCACCUUGGCUUUUUGGAGGACCGGACAUGCAUGGUACAACAGCAUGGGGAUUGAAUGUUGCUGCAUCAGGUUGGGGUCAUCAGGGUGAUGCUUUCGCUACCUUGUCUUCUGGGAUUCAAACUGCUGGGCCAAGUUCUAAGGGAGGGGCAGACAUCCAACCUUUACAGGUUGAUGAGAGUGUUAGUUUUGAAGAUAUAGGUGGCCUUUCCGGAUAUAUUGAUGCCUUGAAGGAAAUGGUUUUCUUUCCAUUAUUAUAUCCAGAUUUCUUUGCAAGUUAUCACAUCACCCCACCAAGAGGCGUGCUAUUAUGUGGUCCUCCCGGCACUGGAAAGACAUUAAUUGCCAGAGCAUUAGCCUGUGCUGCAUCAAAGGCUGGCCAGAAAGUCAGUUUUUACAUGCGCAAGGGAGCUGAUGUUUUAAGCAAGUGGGUUGGUGAGGCUGAAAGACAGUUGAAACUACUUUUUGAGGAAGCACAGAGGAAUCAGCCUUCCAUCAUCUUUUUUGAUGAAAUUGAUGGACUUGCUCCUGUGAGGUCUAGCAAACAAGAGCAAAUUCAUAAUUCUAUUGUGUCCACUUUGCUUGCUUUAAUGGAUGGUCUUGACUCUCGUGGACAAGUUGUUUUAAUUGGAGCAACAAACAGGAUUGAUGCUAUUGAUGGGGCAUUGCGCCGACCUGGUCGAUUUGAUCGUGAAUUUAACUUUCCUUUGCCUGGCUGUGAGGCUCGUGCUGAAAUAUUGGACAUUCACACUCGCAAAUGGAAGCAUCCUCCGUCAAAGGAACUAAAAUUGGAACUUGCAACAAGUUGUGUAGGCUACUGUGGCGCUGAUUUAAAAGCUUUAUGCACUGAAGCUGCCAUUCGUGCUUUUCGUGAAAAAUACCCGCAGGUAUACACCAGUGAUGACAAAUUUCUGAUAGAUGUUGAUUCAGUAAGGGUUGAGAAGUAUCACUUUGUCGAAGCCAUGUCAACAAUUACUCCGGCUGCUCACCGGGGCGCUCUCGUGCACUCUAGACCGCUGUCUUCAGUAGUUGCACCAUGUCUACAGAGACAUCUCCAGAAAGCCAUGAAUACCGUAUCAGAUAUAUUCCCUGCGGUUGCAGUCUCAUCAGAGUUGACCAAGCUUUCUAUGCUUUCCUAUGGUUCUGCUAUUCCUCUUGUCUAUAGGCCUCGGCUUCUGCUUCAUGGCGGUGAAGGUACUGGGCUGGAUCAUAUUGGGCCUGCAAUUCUACAUGAACUGGAGAAAUUUCCUGUUCAUUCUCUAGGACUGCCAUCUCUUCUUUCAGAUCCUAGUGCAAAGACACCUGAGGAGGCACUGGUACAUAUCUUUGGUGAAGCAAGAAGAACAACACCGUCAAUACUCUAUUUGCCUCAGUUCAACAUUUGGUGGGAAACUGCACAUGAACAGUUGAGGGCUGUCCUGCAGACUUUACUGGAAGAAUUGCCUUCUGACUUGCCUAUAUUGCUACUUGGGACAUCUGCAGUCCCACUUUCUGAAAUUGAGGACUUGCCUUCUUCAGUAUUUACUCACUGUUCUGUCUAUGACGUCGGUGAACCGUCUAAUGGAGACAAAUCAUUGUUUUUUGACCGCUUAAUUGAAGCUGCUUUGUCGGUCUUGUUGGAUGGCAUGACCGAAAAAUCCCAUGAUUCUGCCUCUCUUCCUGAACUUCCCAGGGCCCCCAAAGUGGCAAGUGGUCCAAAGGCCUCUGAGUUAAAAGCCAAGUUAGAAGCUGAACAGCAUGCCCUUCGCCGAUUGCGGAUGUGCCUUAGAGAUAUUUGCAACCGGAUUUUAUAUGAUAAAAGGUUUAGUGCUUUCCAUUAUCCAGUCAUGGAUGAGGAUGCUCCAAACUAUCGCUCAAUCAUUCAAAACCCUAUGGACAUGGCUACUUUGCUUCAACGUGUUGAUUCUGGGCAGUACAUUACAUGUUCAGCAUUUUUGCAAGAUGUGGAUCUCAUUGUUUCCAAUGCGAAGGCUUAUAACGGGGAUGAUUACAACGGUGCUAGGAUUGUUAGUAGAGCUUACGAACUUCGAGACGCAGUGCAUGGGAUGCUAUCACAGAUGGACCCUGCACUGGUUGCCUGCUGUGACAAGAUUGCUGCUCAGGGUGGUCCUAUGCACAUGCCAGAUGAUAUGGAGGGAUCUUCUUUCCCAUCUACCCCAGUUGUGCAGCUUGGAACUGUUACCAGAGCAAGUGCUCGUCUUCGUAAUGUCCAGCCAGAGGUUAAUCUAGAUCAAAGCUACGAGGCACUGAAACGGCCAAAGAAAAAUGCUGAUGCUGCACAUGCAGCUUCAAUCCCAGAAGACAAGUCACGGUAUCAAGAUUCCCAGGAACCUGAGACAAACGAUACAAAUCCUGAAAGGCCCGAAACAUCUUCUGCUGAUGGUAAUCAUCAGCUUGAUAUUAUUGUCGAACCAUCUGGUCAUGCAGAUGGGAGCGGAUCCGAAGAAGUUACAAUGUCUGAUGCUGAUAUUUCCAGCCAAGUGGAGCCCGUCAAGCUGCUUUUUAUGGAGCGAACUGCUAACUACAACGUUCCACAGCUUGAAAGGCUUUACACACGUAUAAUGAAGGGUGUUUUUGAAACCAAAGAACAAGUCAAAGAUCAGCUUAAGCCUUCAAUUUUGAUGUAUUUGUUGAAAUUUGCCGAAGAUGAGGCAAAUUUCUGAUCAUAUGACCCUUUUCUUUUACUGAAACACAAAAAUUUCCCAAAAAAAAAAAAAAAAGAAAAAAAAGAAAAAGAAAAAAUUCUACCAGUCACUGUAAAGUCGGGAUUUUUUUUUUCAAUGCAAAAUCAUUGAGUGAAA